AUGAAACAACAUAUACUUUGGGAUUUAAAUAACUAUAUAAAUCAAGACUAUACACUUCCUAAAAUUAAUUGUACUUUUGAUAUUAAAACAAACAUUAAUUCAUCAGUUAAAGAGGAUCAAGAAAAAUGGAUUUUGGAAUUUUUUGGCAAUUCUAUUGAAAAAAGUAAAAAAUAUUUAGGCCAACAAACCUUUUUAAUAUAUAUGUUCUCUUUUCCAUUUGCUUCGCCAGAUGAACUAAAGUGUAUAUUUAAAAUUAUGGAUUGGGCUUUUAUAAUUGACGAUUUUUAUUUCGAAAGUAAAGCAAAGGGUAUGUCAUAUUUAGAAAAACUAUUUAAAACAAAUAAAGAUAAAUCAAAAGAUAAAUUUAUAAAAUUAUUUUGGGAAAUUAUAAAUGAAUAUAAACAAAUAGGUAAAAAAGAUUCAAUUGACGUACUCAUAAACGAAAUAUAUUCAUGGGCCAAAUCCGCAGUGCAAUGUAGUAAAAACGAUCAAAUUUCUUCAAACUCCACACUAGCAGAAUAUAUGGAAUCAAGAUAUUAUGACAUAGGUAUUAUAAUGGCACUGGCUUCAUCAACCACCCUAAUUUCUAUACCCAAAGAAAUUAGAGAAUCUAAAAUUUUCAAACAACUCGAAUACUGGUUUGUUGUUUGCAACACCCUCAUAAAUGACUGCUAUUCAUUUAACAAAGAAAAAAACGAACCAGUUUUAACAAACUAUGUUAAAAUCAAAACACUGCAGUGUGGAUCCAUUCAAACCUCUUUAGAUUUUGUCGCAGAAACUAUUGAAAACUCUUUAACAGAGAUCAAUAAUCAUUCCAAUCAACUUAUUCAACAAUAUCCCAACAAUAUAAAUUUAAAACAAUAUAUUAAAUCUUUAAAAUAUUUAACCUCUGGACAUUUGCAUGUCUCUUCAAUCUGUAACCGUUAUAAAUAA